AUGAGCUUUAUCGCUCGGCGUGGUCUCUCGACCUUGGUCCCACCAAAGAUUGCAUCGCCAUCAGCAAUUGGUGGAGCACAAGAUGCAGCUCGUAUGCAACGAGUCGUGAGCUUCUAUGAAAAAUUGCCUCGAGGUCCAGCUCCAGAUGUCAAUCCGAAGGGGUUGGUGGGCAGAUAUCAAGCUCGCUACUUCGGAAAGAAUCCCUCUGCAGCUCCCAUCAUCCACCUUAUCGGCUUUCUUCUCGUUCUGGGCUAUGGCAACAAUUACUACUUCCAUCUCCGGCAUCACAAGAACAAUGCGCAUUAG